AUAAUCAUUGGUCAAACUGACGGUCGUUGAUUUAAUUGUGGCUGCUCAAGCAACAAAUCGUACUUCAAAGUUCAAACAAAUUAGACUUUCAUCUUCCUUCUUCUGAGGAGCAAAUAACGAAGCGGCAAUACGGCGAUGUCAUUGUAUCGGGAGUUGCUGCGGAUUUCCAGAAAUGGUGGUUUGUUUGGCUGCCGACGGAUUCUUGCUUCCUUGCAAUCGCCUCAUGGCAACUGUACUACUCAAAUGUUUUCUUUUCAAAAACCGAAAAGGAAGUCUCGAUCGGAUUAUUUUGUUUCCAGUAGCAAAGAAACUUAUUCCUGGAGUGUUCCUGCCUUUCAUAUCUUUAAACAGCAAGUUCAUCAUCAGAGCACCACUUUUGUUGAGGAACAUAAUGAUCCAUUUUCACUUGUUGCUGAUGAACUAUCACUUCUUGCUAAUAGGUUGAGGUCAAUGGUAAUUGCUGAGGUUCCAAAACUUGCCUCAGCAGCUGAGUACUUCUUCAAAAUGGGAGUGGAAGGCAAGAGGUUUCGUCCCACAGUUUUGUUGCUGAUGGCAACAGCUUUGAAUGUGCAUAUACCUGAACUGGCACCUAAUGCUGUUGGAGACGCAUUGCCAAUGGAACUACGUACAAGACAGCAACGUAUAGCUGAGAUUACAGAAAUGAUUCAUGUGGCAAGUCUUCUCCAUGAUGAUGUUUUGGAUGAUGCGGAUACAAGACGGGGUAUUGGUUCACUAAAUCAUGUAAUGGGCAAUAAGGUAGCAGUAUUAGCUGGAGAUUUUCUGCUUUCACGAGCUUGUGUAGCUCUUGCUUCUCUGAAAAACACAGAGGUUGUUUCGCUAUUAGCAACAGUUGUGGAGCAUCUUGUGACAGGAGAAACCAUGCAGAUGACUAGUACAUCUGAGCAAUGUUGUAGCAUGGAGUAUUAUAUGCAGAAGACAUACUACAAGACUGCAUCUUUGAUUUCAAACAGCUGCAAGGCAAUAGCUCUUCUUGCUGGGCAAACAGCAGAAGUUGCAAUAUUGGCUUUUGAGUAUGGGAAAAAUCUGGGAUUGGCAUUUCAGCUGAUAGAUGACGUUCUCGAUUUCACUGGCACGUCAGCUUCCCUUGGAAAGGGUUCAUUAUCUGACAUUCGCCAUGGAAUAGUGACAGCUCCAAUAUUGUUUGCCAUGGAAGAGUUCCCUCAAUUGCGAGCAGUUGUUGAACAGGGCUUUGACAAACCUGAAAAUGUUAGAAUUGCCUUGGAGUACCUUGGAAAGAGCCGUGGAAUACAAAGGACGAGGGAGUUAGCUGCAAAGCAUGCUAAGGCUGCUGCAGAAGCUAUUGAUUCUCUUCCUGAAACCGAUGAUGAAGAAGUAAGGAAGUCGAGGCGAGCGCUAAUCGAUCUAACUCAGAGAGUGAUCACAAGGAAUAAGUGAGAAUAUUCUUGUUCUUUCUUUCUUCCUUUCGUCUUCUAAAAGAAAUCACCGUUCAUGUAGGUCAAGGGCCAACCACCCUAUUGUUUUAUCUUUUAUUCAAUUACAUUGAUUAUCGUUCAAGAUAAUUAUUUUUAGAGGGACCUGAUUAUGGUAAAUUUUAUAUAUAUCUCUUUACGCAAGGGCAACAAAAUAAUCUUUUAUUCAAAUAGACGUUCUACUCAAAUGACUUGGUUUCA